AUGGAAGCCCUGGAGGGACAUUUUUUGUUAUUUGUUAUAUGUUAUUAGUUAUUUCUUAUUUGUUACGAGUUAUUAGUUAUUUCUUAUUUGUUACGACUUACACACGAGUUCCUCGACACUCGGCCAUUUUGGCAUGGAUAGUGAAGACAGUGCACGUGGAUUUCAUCUUAUUGGUGAAUGUGGCUGUAACUGGAGAUAUUAGGGACUCGGAAAGACUUCGGUCAAGAAGUUGUCCACCUGAGUAGCCAAGAGGCGGCGAAAGUAACUAGAUUCAAAUAAUGGCUUACAUCAUUUUCAACACGUUGUUGCUAUGUGCAUGUUUAGUUUCUUGCGUAGAAACCAUUGUGCCGUCAAAUAUUCCACAUUUUGAAAAUGGUCUUACCAGAAAUGAACUCAUUAAAAUAUACUUUUUGGAAGGACUUAAGUACUCUGAAAUAGUCCUAUUUUUGUUCUGCUACCACAAAAUUAAAAUAAGUGUUCGUCAAUUAAAGCGUGUUUUACAAGGUUUAAAUCUAAGAAGACGCCCUACUCAAUACUCGCCGGUGCAUGUUAUUAUAAAUAUAAUAAAAGAGGAGAUGCGGGUUAGUGGGGAGUGUAUAGGUUAUAGAUCAAUGUGGAAAAGGCUCAUGAAGGAUCAUGGUGUGGUCGUUAAAAGAAACGAAGUUAUGCAAAUAAUGAGGCAUCUAAACCCAAAUGCAACGGAACAACGAAAAGCACAUAAGUUAAAACGAAGGAUAUAUUCGGUCAGAGGACCUAAUUACGUAUGGCAUAUUGACGGGUACGACAAAUUAAAACCGUUUGGUUUCUGUAUUCAUGGAUGCAUCGAUGGUUAUAGUCGACGAAUAAUGUGGCUUGAAGUAGCAUGUAGCAAUAACGACCCAGCAGUUAUCGCAAAAUAUUAUCUUGAUUGUUUAAAACACUUUCAACUGGCUCCCAGAAUUUUAAGGGCUGAUAACGGGACAGAGAACAGCAGGGUGAGUUUUCUGCAACCGCUUUUUAGAUAUCAUUCGACCGACAGUAUGGCCGGCAUUAAGAGUUUUAUGUAUGGGAAGAGCACGGCAAACCAGAAGAUAGAACAGUGGUGGGGGACAAUGCGGAAGCUUGGUAUUCACUGGUGGAUCAAUUUUUUCAAAGACAUAUGGGAUUCAGGAUUGUUUGAUAUUCAAAACAUGGUGAUAAAAGAAUGCGUGAGAUUUUGUUUUAUGGAUGCCUUACAAACGGAUUUGGAUAGAAUUGCUCAACAUUGGAAUUCUCACGAUAUCCGACGUCAGAAACGUUACGUCGAACUGCCGUCGGGAAAGCCAGAUGUUAUGUAUUUUGUCCCUGAAAUUACUAAUGGGUACGACUUUAAGACAUACGUGAAUCCAGAUGAUGUGAACAUGUGCAUUCAGUUGUACGGAAAAGAAAAAGAAACAUGCAGUGCAAAAUUUAAAGAAAUAAUCAACAUUAUAAAACCUGGUGUACGAGUUCCUGUCCACCCAUACGAGGCAUUGCUGCUUUUUAUUGAGCUAAAUGAUAUUUUGGAAACAUAUCUAUCAUAGACAAUUUCGUUCAAAAUUGUUAGUCAGUUAAGUCAAUACAUAUGAGCAUCAACUUACUUCCUUUAUAACCGACUUUGAUUUUAUUCAUACCAUGAUAUUAUUCCAAUCAUUAAGUAUAGAUAUGCCUUAACUGACUUAGAAUGUCUGGUCACAGAUUAGAAUGGAAACAAUCGUUGGACAUACUACAUGUAACACUAAUGUCUGAAGUUAAUCUUCAGCUUUGCAAUAGUUUAAAUGGGUUUCAGUUUAUUCUAGAAAGCCAUUUUUCACAAUUAAUUAAGUUUAAAACGCUUAAAAAGUACUACUUAAAAAGACUGAACAUCCCUUAAUUUAUAGAUUUUUUACGUCUCA